UAUGAAUUGGUCUUCAGCCCAAGGUGAGACGGGUAUCGUCGUAUUACCAUUCCCCGCGGAACCUCACUUGAUAUAUAUACACUCGUCUUUUGCGCUCCAUGAUCCGCAAUUCUGUGAACAUAAACGAUAUUACCAAAACCAGUUUCAUCUUCGCUUCGUUCCCAGUUCUCCGAAAUCACCGCAGUUUUCUGUUCAUUUCCUCUCUCUAGGCGGAGCUGAUGGGCAGGCCACCGAGCAACGGAGGUCCUUCUUUCCGAUUCAACCCUACCGAGGUUGCUGAGAUGGAGGCUGUUUUGCAAGGACACAAUACUCAAGUGCCUGCUCGUGAAGUUCUUGUGUCUCUUGCUGAAAAAUUUAGUGCUUCACCCGAGAGACGUGGAAAGUUUGUUGUUCAGAUGAAACAAGUAUGGAAUUGGUUCCAGAACAGGCGAUACGCUAUCAGAGCAAAAACAUUUAAGGCUCCCACUCCUCCCAGUAAAGUUACUGCUCCUGUAAUGCCUCAAAGUGAACCAACUAUUGUAAGAACAGUCCCUCAGGUUCCCCAACCUUCCCACCCUGCGGCAGUCACAGUGAAACCAAUGACCCAAGCUCAUCAGGGACCUCAAGCCAUUGCUGCCCCAUCAGCAAGUGCAGGUAGGAAUGGUUCAGAUAACUCGCAAAUGGAGUUUGAAGCAAAAUCUGCAAGGGAUGGUGCAUGGUAUGACGUGUCGAAAUUUCUCUCACAUAAAUCCAUGGAAACUGGAGAUCCUGAAGUCCUUGUUCGAUUUGCUGGGUUUGGAUCAGAAGAGGAUGAGUGGGUUAAUGUUCGCAAAAAUGUUAGGCAGAGGUCUCUUCCCUGUGAAUCAUCAGAAUGCGUAGCAGUUCUACCAGGAGAUCUAAUCCUCUGCUUCCAGGAAGGUAAGGAGCAGGCUCUUUACUUUGAUGCACAUGUCCUUGAUGCUCAAAGGCGGAGGCAUGACAUAAGAGGCUGCCGCUGUCGCUUCUUGGUCCGCUAUGAUCACGAUCAAUCUGAGGAAAUCGUUCCUCUGAGGAAGAUUUGCCGGCGGCCUGAAACUGAUUAUAGGUUAGAGCAACAAAAUACCGAUUCUGCCAAGCAGUCAAAAACCAGUAAUGAUCCUAUUCAGACAGCCAACACUCCAACAGCUGAAGCAGCACACAAGCCACCACCAUCAUCAUCCAUCAUAUCAUCUGGCAAGACUACUGAACCGAUGGCCAAAAAGAUGAAGACGGAUGUGCAUGUGUCUGUUUCAGCUCAAGUUGAUGUCUCUGCCUCUACAUUGAAGAACCCUAAGGCAGUGGAGCAACAAAAAACAUUUAUAUAUUCUCAAACUCACAAUACCUUAAAGGUCUGUCCCCCAGCAGAACCCCCCCAAAGAUUUACACAUUCCGCUGAACCAACAUUAUCACCUUUGGCUGAACCAGCAUUAUUGCCUCAAGCCGGACCAACAUUAUCAUCUCUGGCCGAACCACCACCUACGGCUGAACCAGCAUUGCCACCCACAGCUGAACCAGCAUUGCCGGCUCCAGCUGAACCAGCAUUCUUACCUGUGGUUGAACCAGCAUUGCGGUCUCCUGCUGAACCAACAUUAUUGCCUGCAACCAAUCCACCAUUAAUUCCCCUGUCUGAACCAACAUUGCCACUUGCGAUUGUACCAGCAUUGACACCUCCAGCUGAGCCAGCAUUGCAGCUUCCGGCUGAAUUAGCAUUGCCUCCUCCAGCUGAAUCAGCAUUGGCACCUCCAGCUAUGCCACCUCCUGCUGAACCAGCAUUGCCACCUCCGGCUGAACCAACUUUACCGCCUCCAGCUGAACCCACUUUACCGCCUCUGGCUGAACCCACUUUACUCCCUCCGGCCGAACCAGCAUUGCCGCCUCCUGCCGAACCAGCAUUGCCGCCUCCUGUCAAACCAGCAUUGCCGCCUCCUGUCGAACCAGCAUUGCCGCCUCCUGUCGAACCAGCAUUGCCGCCUCCUGUCGAACCAGCAUUGCCGCCUCCUGCCGAACCAGCAUUGCCGCCUCGUGCUGAACCAGCAUUGCCGCCUCCUGCUGAACCAGCAUUGACGCCUCCCGUCGAACCAGCAUUGACGCUUCCGGCUGAACCAGCAUUGACGCUUCCGGCUGAACCAGCAUUGACGCUUCCGGCUGAACCAGCACCGACUCCUCUAGUGGAACCAGCAUUGACUCCUCCAGUGGAACCAACAUUAACGCCUCCAUCGAAAUCAGCAUUAACGCCUCUGGCUGAAUCAAUGUUAAUAUCCCUGGUUGAACCAACAGUAACACCUCUUGCUGAACCAACUGUCAUACCUCUGGCUGAACCAACUGUCACACCUCUGGCUGAACCAACUGUCACACCUCUGGCUGAACCAACUGUCACACCUCUGGCUGAACCAACUGUCACACCUUUGGCUGAACCAACUGUCACACCUCUGGCUGAACCGAAUACAACAGCCCUUGCUGAACCAACAGCAACACCUCCUGCUGAACCAAUGCCAAAUCUUACAUCCAAAGAUACAGAGGAAGAGGAGAAUGCAAAUGUAGCACCUGUUCCUCCUAUAAUUUCUGCUCCCACACCAUAUCCAAUUGAGACAACAGAUGAACAGCUUAAUCCAGAGAAGCAAGAAACUGCUGUUACUGCUGCUGGUAGUUCUACCCCCAUCUCAAACCCGUUCGACAACGAAGGUGUAUUACUCAAUGAUAUAGAGAAUGUCUGCACCGGAAGCAGGAGGGUUUCAGAGUCACCCCUUCAAGAUGAUUUUAUGAUAGAUGGUCUUGAGGGUAUGGAUUAUGUUUUUGAUGAUAUGCUAGCCAGUAGCACUGACAUGCUUGAUGCCAUUGGUUCCUCUGGUAGUUUGCAGCAAUAGUAGCUGUCAGUAGUUCAUAUAAACUUGUAAAAAAUAGUCUCUCAACGACUAUGGUCGUUUUAGUUUAAAAUAGGACACUGGUGUUUUUACUAAAAAUCAGUUAAUUUUUUGCAAUUCUUUUAACUUUGUAUUUCAGUUCAAGGCAUUCAUCAACCACGGAAUAUAGAUAUAUUUUUGUGUAGUUUGAACCCCAUCAAAUCAGUUAAAUCGUUCAAUACACAUUGUUAUCUAAU